AUGGGUUCUCUUGACUUGCCGCACGCUUCAUCUUUCAAGGGAGGAAGUGAAACAUUUCUCCGGAAUGUGCUUGAAAGUAUACUGAAAACGUAUUUGAAGAAGAAUCCGACAGCGAAUACGAUAUGGGAAAUGGUUCAGUCUCUUGACAACGAAAAGAUAUGCUACGAUCACUUCACUUUCAGGACAUUUAAGGUCGAUGGUUAUGGAAUAAAUUCCUUGUCGAGUUUUUUCAUGGAUUAUGGAUAUAAAGUUGGAGGCGAUCUUGAUUUUCCAAAAAAGAAAUCACGAGUCCUUUGGUUUUCUCCUCCGGAUGUUGACGUCCCUAAUGACGGUCAAGGUCUAGGGAAUGGUCCUUUGCCAAGAAUCGUUAUAGCUGAGGUUCUUGUGGAGGAACUAAGCCUUGAGUCACAGGAAAUAAUAAAGAAGUAUUUAAAACCAGAAGGUGGUAAGCAAGCGGUUCUUUCAAGUACUUUGGGGUCUUUAAUAUGGGAGAAGCCUACAUGGACCGACUUCAAGCAACUUGCAGAAGAAAACGAGUUUGCGGCAUGGACGCUUAUGCACGGCUACACAAUGAACCAUCUUGCUUUUGCGGUUCAUCGAUUCAAACACAGUUUCAGUGACAUCAAAUGCAUCAAACAGUAUCUUGAAGAAAAGGGAUUCAAACUCAACACUGACGGAGGAAUUCUCAAAGUGAGUGAAGAUGGUCUACUUUUACAAAUCUCGACCUUCUCGGAAAGGCUUCCGGUUGAAUUCGCAGACGGCGUAACUGAAACGAUCCCGGCUUCAUACAUCGAGUUCACUCAGCGUCUGGUUCUUCCACAGUUCAAAGAUGUGCCGUGCCAUGAGAUCAAAGAAUUUCAUAGACGUGAUGCCUUUGAGGUCAAUAGCGCCGACAACAUAAUGGAAAGCACCCGUUUCACAGCUCCAGUGUAA